CCAUAGGACUGGGAUCAUGGCUGUUCCACAUGACACUCAGAUACAGCAUGCAGCUGUUGGAUGAGGUUCCGAUGCUGUGGGCCAGCACUUGUUUUAUUUAUUUAACGUUAAUGGUAAAAGGCAAGCCAAAUAUAGAAAACAAAAAACUUCAAGCGGCCUUGUUUACAAUGUGUACUAUUGUCACUCUGAUGCACAUUCUCAUCAACCUACCUGUUUUUUUCCAGGUAGUUUAUGGUGUUUUGAAUGUUAUUGUCAUUUUUCUUCUAUUUAAAAUUGCAUUAACAAUGGAAUGUAAUAAAGCCCUUUACAUGUUAGGGUUUUUAUGUUACCUGGUUGGUUUCAUCCUAUGGAAUGUGGACAACCUAUACUGCCAUAAACUUAAAUCUCUAAAGGUUGCACAGACUACAGGCAUGUUGUUUGAGUGUCAUGCAUGGUGGCACAUUUUUUCAGGCAUUGGUGCAUAUCUCGGCUUUUUAUUUUUGCUACACACUAGAUAUGUGUUUCUAAAAAAGAAGCCAGUUAUUCAGUUGGUAUUUGAAUUUUGGCCUUAUGUUAUUACAGACACCACAGAAAACAAUAAUAAAAUAAAUAUGUAAUCUAUUAUUUUUGAGAGCCAUGAUUUGACUUAUGCAAUCUAUUUGGAUUAAUUCUAUAAUUCAGUAUUUUUUGUACAUUUUGCUAAAAAAUUAUUUUUCGUUUUUGUUCUGUUCCUUUAGUCAUCUAAAAGUGUAUUUUAAGCAUAUUUUUUUAUUUUACCACGUUUUUUUGGAUGCAUAAUUUAUAGUAAAAAUUAUGAAUGAAUUGAAAUGCAUUAUUAUAAUAUAAAUAAAUGUAUUGAUGUUAUUCACUAGAAGAUUUAGACUGUUGUUUUUGUUACUGUUUAUGUGCUUGCUGAUAAUUAAAAUUAUAUAAUUGUGUCAUAUGUAUAACAGAUAAACCAUAGCGAUAAAUCCAGCAUAUUGUGAUGUUAAUCUCAGCCAACACCUUUUUUUACCAUGCUACAUAUCUUUUUUUAUGGUUGUGUGUGAAUAUUUUGAUCACAAUUAUUUCAAUAUUUGAUUUAUAUAUAUAUAUUCACAUUUCAUAUUAUUUAUUUUUUUAAAGUUGCUAUAACAUUUAUAUUAAAUCACAUUUCAUUUUAUAAUUCAAUUUUAUAGAUCACAUUGUAUUGUAUUGUAUGAAAUAAUGUGCUAGUAA